UUCGACAACCUUUUCAGUCAUUUUGUGCGUUUAUGUUAAGUUUCCUAUUUGAUUGUGUUUUUUAGUUGUUGCUUUUGGUAUUUUCGAUAGUUUUUAAUGAUACGUCUCGACAGUUGCAAUGAAUUUAUUGUUGCAUAAACCUAUUUAUGUAAAAGUGUUAAGGCAUUCACAUGGGUAUAUCCAUGUUUGCCAUGUACAUUAUCUCUUUGGGGUGCAUGUUCAGCUGUGUUGAAUCUGAAGGUGCGGUGAGAUUCUUAGUGUAAUUUUCGGUUUGUUAAAGGGAGAAGUUAAGCUAUUUGCAUUCAAGAUUAAUGGGCUCAAUACUGAACUUGCAAACAGCCGAUCGCACUGUAUGGUAAAUGUAGGAGUGCAAAUACACUGGCUACUUAUUCUGUCUUGUAAUCUCAACUCGGAAGUUUUGUAUCGGUGUUCACUUGGAUGAAUAGGUCUGUCAGAUGUGGUUUGAUUUUCUUAUCGACUGCUCACGUGUUGAAGAACAGCGUCCUAUCGUAAUAUUUCCCCACUUUUAUAGACGCCCAACACUAGCUUUAUAACUUGAUAGUUCGCUUCAGAGUGCACUCAUUAGCUUUGACCUCAGAAGUCGAACUUAGUGGUUAGAAUGAAAGAGAUUGAGGAAUGUUUUUAGUGGACAAAUAUGGUUAGUUAAGACAUAUUUCUCAUGUACCAGGUUAUGAACAACGUUGAUUGUACUACCUUGCUGCCGAUUUCGAUGCAUGUAGAGUGGGAUUCAAAACCUAGACCCUAUGACUGACUGAAGGCUGAGCUGCCUAACAGAUAUGUACAUAGCACAUUUGAAUCCAUGUGCAUUUCUUGUUUGCAAGCUUUAAGGGUUAAAGGCUUUGUCUUAUUAAGCUUAGGCAAUAUAUACAUGAUUCACAUAGUUUUACUUGUUCAGAGUCCUAUGUUCCUUUUCUUACAUCGAAACUAUCCAUCUUCAGACAUAGUCUCACAAUUAGAGGUUUGUAUAUUAUGUUCAUUGUUUUAUAUGUCAUAUAGUACGGUCUCAGCUAACGAAAACGUGAAGCAUACUGCCCCGAAUUUGGGAUACUUUUUUAUUGGACCUGUUUUUUUGCCUCUGAGUGACUGCAGUGCCCGGAUGGUCCUACGCGUAACUCAUACGUUUGGUUUAAUUAAUCGAUUUCAAUUAUCGCUCCGGCUUUCUUAGAAGUCAUAUAUACAUAUGUAUACAAAAUGUAGUGUUGUUCAGUCGAAUAAAGUUGGGCAGAUGCACUCCUCAUGAUUUUGUACAAAGUGAUUGGCUUCACUUUUGUGAACACAUAUUCUUCGAAUCUCUUGGCCUGCAGAAUAAGCCUAAAGUUGAAAUCCCUCACAUUUUGUUAGUUUUAACCAAUAGUAAGAUAGCUAUUAUUUCAAUAUAUGCGUAAAACAUGGGCACUGUGGUAGUAAGUGAUUCAAUAUUAGUUUGUUUAUUAGAUAUAUCACACAGUGAAACAGUAUUAUUUACUGGAUAACGUUUCGAACACAAUUUAUUGUUCAUAAUCAUAUCAUCCGUUAUUAUCACAUAAUUUCGAAACUUGAGUUUAAAAGUCCAGCUAUAGCACUACAUGCAAUUACAUACAAGCAUAGAAUAGUAUGGGAUAAGAUGACAUUUUUAGAAUGUAACGUCACAGGGUGGAGGGAGAGAUUGAUAACGGAAGCUUUAUUUAUGGAAUCAACUGAAGAGAAUACGCGUAGUAGGAAUGAUUCAACACCUGUCCCAGAUAUCUGGAAAAUUCUCCUACCCCUACGAGAAAUAGAAGAGAAAAAAGAAAACUAUAAAACUCAAGUUUCGAAGUCAUGUGAAUAUAGUUGAUAUGAUUACGAACAAUAAAUUGUGUUCGAAACGUUAUCCAGUAAAUGGUACUGUUUCAUCCUUGUGUGAUAUAUCUAAUAAACAAACUAAUAUGGAAUUAGCUAUUAUUUCACCAUGUAGUCGACUGUUACGGACCCAAAUAAAAAUCAGUCGUUCAAAGAAGAAUUAUGUAAGAUAAAUUACCAUCUGUGAAAAAGGUGAAUGGUGGUCAUCAUUUCCUAAAUGCAAGAAAUCUCUUUGGAAAUUCCUUCCAUAUUCUUUAGUAUUUUUUUUUCUGACGUUUCGAUAUUAGAGACUUUUGGUAAAUAAGUGCUUAAGUAUACGUCCGUAAAGUUAGUUUAAAAAGUCGUUUAAAAUAUGCAUUGAUUAAACCUUGUUAACACACAAAAAGCUUGUGUUUUGUACCUACAAGAUAGUUUGUUAUCCUAUAUUGACCACUAAUCAGCAAAUUUUGUUUGUGUGUGUGUGUGUGAGAGAGAGAGAGAGUGAUUUUCUGAUAUUUUAACUAGCAUUAAAUUCUGUUAUAAACAGUUGAUGCCUUGGGAUUUCUUUCUGGACCUGUUUUCCUCAUCUUCAGGGUUUUGUGCUUGUGUGCUUAACCACAAGGAAUCAUUUAUCUUUGGCGUUUUUUGUUUUACGUAUAGUAUGUUAGCAUUUUUAUGCUUAAUAUAAAGAUUUUGAAAUUUAUGUUAAGGCAUUUCAUUUGAACAGAACGACUUUUGAAAGUUUUCCAUCUGUUACUCGUGUAUUAUUCUCUCAUUGUGUAUAGAUGUGUUGCUCAGCAUUUAGAGUGCUACAAAUCAAAUUUAAAAAUCAUACAUAUGAAUUCUGUCAAGACAGUCAACUUUUUCUCAACACGUCGUGUUGUUAACUUUACUAACAGUUUAAUGAACUAACUUGCCGACAGUUUUCAAGUUACAUUAUUUUUUAUAGAUAUUUUAUAUGACGUGUCUUUAUCUUGCGUCAACCUUUUUUACACAGAAAGUUUCCAGAAAUUUUAACCCAGAUGUAUAUUAUCAUUAUUACUGGAAAAAUCUGGCCACAAAACGGGGUUUAUUUAAAGGUGUUGUCAUUGUGAACCAUCUUAGCGGAUCAAAUGUAUCAACUAAUCUAUAUGUUGUAAUUGUUAUAGAUGAGUUGGGGAGAACUGUACAAGCUUGCCUUGUAACCGGAAGACCCUGGGUUCGCACCUCAGGAUCCAUCUCCAUUUUCUCCUACAUAUUUAUCAAGCAAUCAAGUCUUGUUUGGUUUUUUCCCAGACAGAGUUUCUUGUUGCUAAUUCUUUUUGGCCGACCAUUCGAUAUUCAGUAUUGAGCCAGAGAAGAGGGCAGCUGUUGAUAAAAGUGUGUAACUUGUCGGACAUCCUUUCCGUAACACGCUGGCCAAUUUUAUCACCCGUAUAGAACACCUGACUGACUUGACAUUGGUGUUGAAAAUCCGAAUCUUGUUCUUCUUGCUGAGGCGAAGUUCAGAAGAUUUGCAAACUGGUUUCAGGUUGACGAGGGCGUGUCUUGACUUUCCGAUUCUGACUGGCUGGUUUUGACAUAUUCAUCCGUUCCGCUGGCCUGUAGUUGAAAUGAUGCUUUCUGGCUGGAUAAGUGAAGGAAGUAACCUCUGUUAAAUCUCUCCCGUUGAUAGUGAUUGAUGCUGGUUGUUGUUAUCGUUGUUGCUGCUGUUGGUUGGCUGGUUAUCUUCAUCACCUCCGUCUUCUCUAUGUUCAUGUGGAGUCCUGUCUUCUCUGGCUGCCAGACUCUUCAUUCAGUUUGUUGGUUUUCGUCUGCCUUUAAGUCUUCGAAUUUGUGUGAUAUUAUACACAUAUCAUCUGCGAAAUCCAGAUCUUUUAGAUGAAGUCUUCUUAUCGUUGGUCCAGUCUACUCCUGUCUUCUCGCUCUCAACACACAGUCUGACGCAUAAUCUAGUCAGUCGACCACAAUUAAGAAUAUCAUCUGUGAUAGUAGUGGGCAGCCAGACUUGUUUUACUCCUGUGUUCACUUCGAAUGCCUCGCUGAGUUUUCCGUUGUGGAUCACCUGACACGUGGCACUGUCAUAUAGCCAGCUGUUGAACUAAGUUUGUAAAUACUUGGCCACUCCACGCCGUAAUGUUGAAGUAGUUUCCAAAUUACUUCUCAGUUAACGCUGUCUGUUGAAGGCCUUUUCGAAGUUGAUGAAGUUGGGGUAGAGGCACAGUUGACUGCCAUUCUAUACUUUGUUGGGUGAUGACGAUUUGUAGAGUUGCAGUUUGGUCAACAUAUGAUUUGCCUUUCCUGAAUCCAGCUUGUUCUGGACUGGUGGAGUUCUGUAUCCAGUGCAUCUUCUAUUCUCUCCAGGAUGAUGCGACUUAGUAUUUUACUUGGUGUGGGUGGACAAGAGCAUUAUUCCACGCCAGUUCUUGCUCAGGCCUAGAUUUCCCUUCUUUGGUAGCUCAGUCAGUAGGCACCUUUCCUUUCUUCCAAACCUUCUGCAAUAAUGGCGUGAGAACAUCUGCUACAGUUUCUGGUUCCGCUCGCAGUGUUUGGGGGGGGGGAGAAGAAUGGCAUCUGGUCCUGCUGCUUUCCCAGUCUUCAGUUACGUGAUCGCAUUCAGAAUUUCUGCUUAUCAGUACUCCCUGGUUUUCCAGUAGUUCUCUUGCUGAUGUCACCUUGUAAUCAAUCCUGUAACCAAUGAAAUCCCUGAAAACCAACACUUGAUAACUGUAAGAAUUAGCUUAUAAGACGUUUCAUAAAUGUUACUGUGUGUGUAAGGUUCUGUAUAAGGACCACAAGUUGCUAAGUGUAACUCUCUUGUCGGUGACAAAUUAGUAGACUAGAAUUACUCAAUAACAUUAAACUAUGUAAAGAAUGGUCUCAGCAGUGAAAUUUGCAAGUGUUCCGGUACGUCUGUAGUCCAGUGGUAGGAUGCUCGCCAGCCACUGACAUGGUCAACGUUCGACUCCCGGACGACAUCUAGUUUAGUAGCCAGUUGUAAAUCCGAAGACGACGUCUGUGUGUGUGUGUGUGUGGAGGUUCAUUAUGAGGUAGCCGACACCACCCGUAAAAACUACAAUAUCACAAGUAGAACCUCAGAGUUUGAAGCCCUAUACUCCACUUGAAAGGAAUGAAAAUAAGAAUAGCACGAGAUAUCGACAUUUAAGAAUGCGUUGUACUUACUUAUGAGUGAGAGGAUCACUGUAAUCUUUCGUUUACCAAAGUUUUGUGUCGAUGUCUUUUGUCUAUCAGUCACUGUAUUGACCCUCUUUGGUUCGAGCAGAAUACUUUUCGUGACCUUUACUUUGCAUACGGCUUGUUAUGUUACUUCUUCAUCAAUUAUAAUCUUGAUGUUUUUGUUUUCAGUGAUAUUUUUGUCCUUUGGUCGACUGUACUACUGCAGUUGUUGCAUAACUCUGUAUAUUUGUAUGAACUGUGAAGACACUAAAUGAGUGACACCAAAGAAAAUCCUUUCAAGCAUCCCAAGCGAAAAACUGAGUGCGGUGCUCCACGUCAGUUGACUAAUAAGGCGACAACUCAGAGACGUUACACAUCAUGUGCAAGAGACGAACCAAUUACUGUUGGUCGGUACAGUAAUCGAAUUGUAAAAAAACACCAAUCUUCUCCAAAAUCGGGAGCUAAUGUUUCAUUAACCAUAAAUGAUUCAGUAGCCUCAGCAAUUCCUUCAAACAGUCUGCAACAAACACUCGGGAUUUCAAAAGGAAACACUUCAGAUAAACAAGAGAAUCCACGUGCAUUUUCAGUAAUAUCAGAAGAAUUAAAUAGUAGUAGUGCCUCCACCACGUGCUAUGAUGAUAUAUCAUUGGCUGCAUACUCCCUGUGGUUGUUAUAUCAGCGUUGUACAUCCAGUUACAUUGUAAACAAAAUAGAAUCUGAUUACACAGAAAUUGAAAUAAUGUCCAGCGAGAUAAAACGUUUAUGUGAGAGGGUAACUCGUUUGCAUAAAGCGAAAUCAAAUUGGCAGGCUUGGUACGAGUCAGUGACAAAUUUACACAAAGAGUAUGACCUAUUAACAGAUUUAAUGAAAACUUUAAAAAUACCCGUGAAUGAUUCAGAGAUUUAUCCUGCGGAUAAAUCCUUGGAUAGUCACAAUGGUGGAUUACUUCCCAGGGUUCAACAAUUAACACUUGAGAAAUUCUCUCCACUUGUCUAUCGUUUACCUAUGAAAAGUAUUCACUUGGAUGAUUCAUACACUCAUAAGAAUAUAUUGUGUGAUCUACAGCAGAUCAGUAAUCUUUCACUUAAGUUUUCUACAAUUAAUGAAGACGAUAUUAGUGCCUUUGAAAAGUUGGCCGAUGAAAUUCAAAGUGUAGCUGUUCAUAUGGAGCAGAUGCAUCCUUUUAAUGUUGCUAAAUAUAAACAAUUAACUGAAUGUUUGAACACUUUUCUUCUUAAAGCAUCAUUAACCUGUGAAAAACUUGAACGUGUGUGGCUAGCUGAAUUGAAAUGA